AUAAAAAGGCUGCGAACACGAAAUUCUGAAGUCCUGAUGCAUUUGCCUUCCUGUGAGCACAUUUAUUAGUCAGCAUGGCUCUUCCAGUGGCCAUAUUUUUAGGAUUAAUUGUACUACUCUCAGGCAAUAUCCACUCCGUGUUUACCACCCAAAAUGUGUGUAAGACGUACGGCAGUGGAGUCUUUGAGACGUUUAACAAAACUGCGUUUCACCUAAAUUCUACGUGUUCUAUAACCCUCACACACUUCACACAUGCUGGAGUGGACUGUCAUAUCAUUGUCCAGCGUCAGCAGAAUGGGCUCAUGAGCAGGGUGGAGAUUAUUGUGAAUAAAGUUGUGACCCUUAUUCACAAUAACACAAUUACAGUUGAGGGAAGCAGAAUUUCACUUCCAUAUGACCAUACAUAUCAGCAUGUCUUUCAUUAUGGAAUCUACACCAAACUCACAAGCAAAGUUUUGCCAUUGUCUGUAACCUGGUACAAUGUUAAGGAUGGCAUAAGUUCUGUAUGGGUGCAACUUGACCAGAAUUUAGUAGAAGGUAUGAGUGGACUUUGUGGGCACAAGAACAGUUCAGAAACAAUGCAGCAGUUGAUAAUUGACAACGUUCUCUUCGAUGGACAAUGCCUGACUGCAGAUUCUGUUGAAGGGAAAAACGAAGUUUGUGAACGUGUUUUGUCCCAUUCCUCUGAAUGUCUUAAAAAGAAAAAGUCCAUAUACAUGUCUAUGUGCAAAAAGAACAUGCAAGGGUUGCAGCAUAAAGAAGCAAACUGCUCAUUUUUUAAAGAGCUUUCGAUUAUGUGCGGAACCUCAAGUCAGCUGUGGUCAAAUUGGAGAAGUAACAGCAAAUGCUCUGAGCCUGAUUGCCCUGGAGACCUGCAAUACAUGGAAAUGGGUCCUCCUUUCCCACCAACUUGCACCAAUCCACAGCCUGACCCAAAAUUCACCAGCACCAGCACCUGCCAGCCUCCUCUGGGGAAGGUUGUGAAUGAUCGCGUUGACACCCACUAUUCCAUUAAUGUGGAGGAUUGUCCAUGUGUGCAUGGGAAGACAAUAUAUGCACCAGGGCAGAAUCGCACCACCAAGUGCCAGACAUGUACUUGUGUGAGAGGCAAAUGGGAAUGCUCUACAAACACAUGUCCAUCCAAGUGUAUUAUUGAGGGUCAGUUAAUAACCACAUUUGAUGGCAAACAGUAUUCUCUACUAGACAGAUGUACCUAUGUGGCUGCAAGGGGACUUAACUGGACAUUGAACAUUCAGUUUUCUGGGCAAGCUAUUGCCAUAGAAAAGGCAUAUCUUAAUAUCAAUCAGGAAAGAUAUAUCUUCUCUGUAAACAAUGUGCAACUGAACAAUAUAGAAAUCCGUGACCUGUCACAGACUGAAUAUGCCACAGUCUUCUGGCAGUCUUCGAUGUUCAUUCAAGUUCAGACUUCAUUUGGCCUAAAAAUGCAAAUUCGGGUGUCUCCAGAGAUUCAAAUAUAUCUGUAUUUGCCGUCAACUGAAACAUCAAAAGGACUUUGUGGAACCCAUAAUAAUGACACAAGUGAUGACUUCACUACUUUCAGUGGUAUCAUAGAAAAUUCAGUUCAACUUUUUGCCCAAUCCUGGUCAAUGGAUAGUUGUUUUCCAAUAACUGGAUGCAUCAACACUGACAAUGAGUUAUUUGCCGAAGAGAAUUGUGCCCAGCUUACAGAUCCGAAUGGAGUGUUUGCUUUGUGUCAUGACUAUGUACCUGUUUCCUCUUUUGUCGAGGCUUGCAUACAGAGAACAUGUCAGUGCUCAGCAUCAUUGCAGGAGUGUUUAUGUGUCUCUUUUGGUAACUAUGCCAAAGCCUGCGGGACUCAGGGAAUCACUGUUCAGGACUGGAGAUCAACAACAAACUGCCUUGCUUUGUGUGAGGGCAACCUGAUAUUUGGAUAUGCCACGAUGGCCUGUAACCAGACCUGCCGUUCCCUCUCCGGCCCUGAUAUUACCUGUGAGGUAGUGGAUGACCCUGUGGAGGGAUGUGGAUGCACGCCAGGCACUCACCUGAACAACCGAAACACCUGCAGCCCUCGCCCUCUUUGUAGCUGUUACCACCCUGGGGGUGUCGUACCGCCAGGUCCGGUGGUUAUUGGUGGACGUCAAUGCAUGUGUGAAAAUGGACAACUACGAUGUCCUGAAGAGUGUGGUUCAAUAGUUGGGAAGGAAGGAUGCGGGAACCGUAAUCUUAGCACUGAAAUAUGGAUUUUUAAGAUCCAAGAUGCAAUCUGUAAAAAUAAUUUUACAUGUUUCUUUUAUCUUGAAUGGAAGAUGCAAAACUUCUUGAAAAUCAUUUUUGCAGUGCAAUAUAUGCUUUCAAAACUUUCUUUUCUAGGUUGCCUAGUGGGGAAGAUUUGUGUGCAUUGCUCUCAAAUACCUGUGAACACGGCUUACAGAACCUGUGAAAGCUUGACCAAGCCACUAAGUAAAGAUAACACCUGUAUCAGUGGCUGUUAUUGCCCAGAAGGCUUUUUUGAAGAUCAUAAUGGCGGUUGUGUGACUCAUGAGAACUGCACCUGCAAAUUCAGCGGAACAGUGUAUGAAACUGGGCAGAGUGUGGAGACAAACUGUAAACUAUGCACCUGUAGAGGAGGUGAGUGGUCUUGUAUCGACCAGGCAUGUUCAGGAGUGUGUGAAGUGUUUGGGAAUGGGCAGUACCGCACAUUUGACUCCAAAUGGUACCGGUUUGAUGGUCACUGUCAGUACACACUAUCUAAGGAUGCUAGUGGACUCGGCAAGUUUACAAUCCAAACUGAGAGUGUUCCAUGCUGCGACGAGUCGCUAACGUGUUCUCGCGCCAUCUCAGUGGAGCUAUGGGGUAAAGUGUCUCUUCUGCUAAGUGAUAUGAAGGUCACUGAGACAUAUCUGUCAGCGGGGACCCAGAGCAUGCUGACAGAGCCCUUGUACUCUGUCCACAUUGUGGGUCUGUACAUCAUCAUCUCAAUACCCUUGCUAGGCCUGACUGUGAUCUGGGACAAACACACCAGGCUCACAAUCCAGCUGGAGUCUCAGUGGAGAGGCAGAGUGUUGGGUCUAUGUGGGAACUUUGAUGGAAGGGUGACAAAUGACCUUCUGACAAGCAGCUCCUCUGAGGUUUUCAGUGUCAUGGAAUUUGGCAACAGCUGGAAGACGGCAGCCCCACCCUGCUUGGACGUGACUACCGAAAUGUUUCCUUGUGAGCGCCACUCCUACUGUGCAGCCUGGGCCCAAAGACGCUGUAUGAUUCUUAGAUCUGACACCUUUAACGAUUGCCACCUGAAGGUGGAUCCAGAACCUUACUACCAAGCCUGUGUUUUUGAGUCGUGUUCUUGUGAGUUUGAGGGAAAGUUUCUCGGUUUCUGUACGGCUGUUGCAGCCUACGCAGAGGCAUGCAGUGCAAAGGACAUCUGCAUAAACUGGAGAACCCCGGAUUUGUGUCCGGUCUAUUGUGAUUAUUACAAUGAAGAGGACCAGUGCACCUGGCAUUACAAUUCCUGUGGUCAAGUUCAAACCUGCGGCACUAACAACCGCUUUACAGGAAAGCUUGAAGGUUGUUAUCCAAGGUGCCCUGCGGAGGCACCAUAUUAUGAUGAGAAUACAGGUAAAUGCUCCACAUUGGACAACUGCACUUGUAACUUCAUGAACAAAGUGUGGACUCCUAAAGAUGAGUGUGCAGUCCAGAUAUGUGCUGGUCAGCCAUCUACUACUACGAUACUGCCCACAACUAAACCAUUAACUACUGAGAGCACAACACAGUUACAUACAUCUACAAGAAAUACAACACAACCACCAACCUCUAAGAGGACAACCGAAUACACGACCACAACAACUGAGAGGACAACAGCAUCAAGUACAACUCCAAUAAAGCAAACAACCAUGACACAACUGCCAACUUUAGUGAGUACAACAGAAUCAUAUACAACUCCAGUAGAACACACAACCACAACACAACCACUAACCUCUGGGAGGGCAACAGAAUACACAACCACAUCUGAGAGGUCAACAGAACUGUAUACAACCACAGUAGAGCACACAAUCUCAACAGAACCACCAACCUCUGAGAAAACAGCAGAACUCACAACCACAGCAACGGAAAGGACAACAGAAUUGAAUACAACUCCAGCAAAACAGACAACUACAACAGAAAAAUCAACCUCAGUCAUAACAACCAAUACACAUUCAACUACAAAAGAACACACAACCACAACACAACCACCACCUUCUGAGAGGACAACAGAAUUCACAACUGAGGAGACAACAGAAUUGAAUACAACUCCAGCAAAAUACACAACUACAGCAGAAAAACCAACCUCAAUGAGGACAACCACAUCAUUUUUAACUCCAAAAGAACACACAACCACAACACAACCACCAACUUCUGAGAGGACAACAGAAUUCACCACUGAUGAGACAACUGAGUUUUAUAUAAGUACAAUAGAACACACAACCACAACACAACCACCAUCUUCAGAGACUCCAACCAAAUCAUAUUUAACUCCAACACAACACACAACUACAACACAACCACCAACUUCUGAGAGGACAACAGAAUUCACCACUGAUGAGACAACUGAGUUUUAUAUAAGUACAAUAGAACACACAACCACAACACAACCACCAUCUUCAGAGACUCCAACCAAAUCAUAUUUAACUCCAACACAACACACAACUACAACACAACCACCAACUUCUGAGAGGACAACAGAAUUCACCACUGAUGAGACAACUGAGUUUUAUAUAAGUACAAUAGAACACACAACCACAACACAACCACCAUCUUCAGAGACUCCAACCAAAUCAUAUUUAACUCCAACACAACACACAACUACAACACAACCACCAACUUCUGAGAGGACAACAGAAUUCACAACUGAGGAGACAACAGAGUUUUUUACAACUCCAAUUGUACAGACAACCACAACACAACCACCAACCUCUGAGAGCACAACAGAAUUCACAACCACAAUAGAACCACCGACCUCAGUUAUAACAACUGAAUCACAUUCUACUCCAAUGGAACAAACAACCACAACAGAACCACCAACCCCUGAGAGUACAACAGAAAUCACAACCACAACGACUGAGAGGACAACACAUCUGAAUACAACUCUGGUCGAACACACAACCACAACAGAACCACCAAAAUCAGUAAAAACAACUAAAACAUAUUCAACGCCAAAGGAACACACAACCACAACACAACCACCAACCUCUGAAACAACAAAAGAACACACAACCUCAGCAACUGAGAGGACAACAGAAUGGUUUACAACUCCAGAAGAACCAACAACCACAACACAACCAGUCUCCUCUACGAAAAUAAAAUACACAACACAACCACCAAACCCGACAACAGAAUCAUUUACUUCAAUCAAAAUACAACCAACUACAGUGGAACACACAACCACAACUCAACAACCAAAUGCUAACACAGAAAAAUCCACAACCUUGUUACCACCAACUAUAACUAUCACACAAUCAACAACUUUAGAAAAAUCAACUGAACCACCCACAGCUACAAAGAUAAACACAAGCACAGCUCAACCAACAACUGAAAUAGAUUUUACAGUUAUUACAGGCCCAACAAUCUCCAGCGCUACUUCAGACCCACAGAUUGUCCAAACGACCACGUCACCAGAUUUUACAGUUAUUACAGGCCCAACAAUCUCCAGGACUACUUCAGGCACAGAGACUGUCCAAACGACCACGUCACCAGACUGCAGAGAUGUGCUGCGGAACCAAACCUGGCCAAAUGGUGCCGCUUGGAGAGAGAAUUGCGCUGAUAAAGUCUGUAAGGCUGGAGUGAUUGAGGUAACACCCAUUACCUGCCCAACAUUACAGGACAGGACCGAUUGCCCUAGAGGCAUGAAGAGUCUGAUUAUGGAUAAAGACACUUGCUGUGAGAGCUGGCAGUGUUAUUGCCAGUGUCAGCUUUAUGGAGACCCUCACUACAUUUCCUUCCAAGGCAUCUCUUUUGACUUCAUGGAUAACUGCACCUACACUCUUGUGGAGGAAAAAGUACUGCAGCACAAUUUAAGCAUUACUGGAGACAACUACUUCUGCGAGCCAGGCAUUGAUGCUUCAUGUUCCAAGGGCAUCACAAUUAAGUACUGGAAUGACAAGGUCACACUUAUGGUUACACCAGAGCUUACAGUGAAGUCUACUUUGAAUCAAGAAACUAUUCAACCACCAUACGAAAAUGACAUCUUCAAGUUUGAAAGCACUGGUUCAGAAGUCUCCAUCUACAUCAAACCUAUUCACUCUUAUGUUUCUCUUACACCAUUUAAUACUCUGUUGAUCAACCUGGCAGAAGAGCACUUUCUCAACAACACUCAAGGACAGUGUGGUGUUUGUGGUGGGCAGUCUUGUAUACGCAGAAAUGGCAUAGUUGAAGAUAAUAGCUGCUGUGAUAAGACUGCGUACGAUUGGGUGGUGGAAGAUCCUCUGAAACCUUACUGCAAAUCUCCAACAAGAAAUGUUCCUUGUAUAUUUCACACACCAACGCCACCUCCACCUCCACCUCCAUGCAGUGCCCCAAUAUGUGACCUCCUUCACCAUGAUGUGUUUGCAGAAUGCAACAAAAGCAUUGACCUUGUAUCCGUGGAGAAGAAUUGCAGGUUCGACCAUUGUUCAUCGACAACUAUUGUUGGUGCCUGUUCUUCUCUGGAGUACGCAGCAUCAGUGUGCAAGACGAUCGGUAUUUGUGUUGACUGGAGAUAUCUCACCAAUGGCUCUUGCGACGUCAGCUGUCCUGAAGGAAUGAUAUAUGAUGAGUGUCGACAGUCUCCAAAAGAUAUUUGUCAAGGCGGUAUUCCCGUUCCUGCAACAUCAUUGGUUGGUAUAAGUUCAGGCUGCUUUUGUCCAGACGGCCAGAUACUAGCUGAGGAACACAAGAAAAUAUGUGUAUCUGAAUGCACAAAGUGCAAAGGGCCAUUGGGUGAGCCUAUGCCGGUCGGGGCCGUAUGGGAAUCAAUGUGUCACAUAUGCACAUGUAAUAACCAGACCAAAUCUGAAGAGUGUCAUCCCAAGCCUCCAACAGCUACUCCCAUAUGCAGUUCCUACUCCCUCCUUGUUUCUGACUGCUGUAACAAUCAGAUCUGUGUUGAGAAGACUUGUGAGUACAACGGAUACACUUACAAGGUGGGUGAACGGUGGACAGACCCCUUACAUCCAUGUGAGUCUUUCAGCUGUAGCCAAAAAGGAACUGAGAUUGAGAGAACUGUUUGUCCAGAGCUGACCUGUGCUGAGGACUUACGCAUAUGGGACAAUCAUCAUUGCUGCUAUUCAUGUAACACUACAUGUGCCGCCAGACUGACCCGAGUGAACCUCACAGAUGCUGACUGCACACAGGAAGUCGAGCUGCCCAGCUGUGAAGGCCAAUGCGACUCACAAAACAGAUGGGUUCAGUCCAACGGGACAUUACAGCUCGAAAAGGGUCACCAAUGCUGUAAGGAAAGCGCUUAUGAAAUGAGGGAAAUCACAGUGACAUGCAAUAAAAGACCCCCCACACACUUCACAUACAGACAUGUCAUGGGCUGCGAAUGCAAGUUUGAAAGUUAAUGUGCUACAGAGUGUGAGAAAAUGGUUAAUCUUACACAUGAUUACCUUAUACAUGAUAAUGUUUCAAUGUUAAUGCAUGAUUAAUACAUUGAUGUGUUGUAUAAUUUACUUGGCACAUCAACUCUAUGUUCUGUUUUAUAAUCAAGUGAUCAACACAUUUCUUUCAUUUCUGCAUUUCUUUUGGCUUUUGGAACAUUUUGUGCUAAAAGAAAAUAACUUUAUUGAAUCUCAGCCGUCUGUCUGGCAGUUUGUGCCAAAAUCAGUUUUUCAUGCCAAUCCUGUAUGUAAUUUGUAACCUGAUUUUAGGUAUUAAUGCCUCUAAGGUUACUAUAAUCCAUUUUAUGGAAUCAUGAUGCAUAAUAAUCAUUCAAUAAAGUGACGUGAUACAUAAGAAGCAUAACAACAUGAGAUAAACAUUAAUAAUCAACAA